AUGAAUAACCUUCAACUAGUGAAAAACAACUAUAAAAUUGAGAAAGUUAAAAAAUCAACUGGUGUAGGUUUAAUAUUGAUGAAGCAUUGCUCUGAUAGGUCAACAGUACUUUGUAACAAUAAAAUAAUAAUGGAUUCAAUUGAAACAAAUGUUGUUAAUAGAGAGAUUGAGUUGCAUCAGCAGCUGAAACAUCUAGAUUGCAUAGGUUUCGAUAUGGAUAUGACAAUUACAAAAUUCGAUAUCGAUCAAGUACAUCGUGGUGUGAUUGUCGAUACUGUAACUGGUUAUAUGUUGAAAUUGGACAGUCAGAAGCAUGUGUUGAAAGCGUUCCUCGGUGACUUGCAAAUUAGCAAGGAGAAAAUCAAUGAUAUCUACCACGCCGAUGUCAUCCCCGAGAAUCGUCCGUUGGCUCAAUUCAGUGGUUCAAACAACGGUCGUUUCUUUGUUUUGAACUCAUUCUUUGAGUUGCCACUGACUCCACUCUGGAUCGGACAUAUCAACCAUUUGGUAGCAGAGUCGGGUGUUCCCGAUGGAACCGGCUACGACCACGGCGAACUCAUGCGCUUCCUCAAGGAAGCGGUUGUCUCUUUCAAUCACAGUUUCGGAGAUUUCUACAACUCCCGCUAUUUCCGUGAGAUUCGUGAGGAUCCCGGUAAGUUUGUGCACCGCGCCACCGACGCGUGUAUCGCGUGGCUAAAGGAUCUGAAGAGCAGAGGUUGUCGCGUCUGUCUCAUCACCAACUCCAAGUCAGAGUACACUCAUCUCCUAAUGACCUAUGCAUAUGGACCGGAUUUCCAGUCGAUCUUUGACAUUAUCAUUGCCGACGCAAAGAAACCAGAGUUCUUUAGAAAGCCAGCGAAAUUCUACGACCUUGGUGGAAAUUACUUCCCCAAGGAGUUGACCGAAGAGAUGUUGGUGGACGCCGUCGAGUUUAACACACCGACUGUCUAUCACAAUGGAAGUGUGCAGACGCUGAUCGAAGCGGUUCGUCGUCACUCCAACAAAGAGAAUAUCUCGUUCUGCUAUGUCGGUGAUCAUUUAAUUGGCGACGUCAGUGCCCCGAAGCAACAUUGCAAGUGGAUGACCAUUGCCAUCGUCGAGGAGAUCGAAGACGAAGAGGAAAUCGUUGUACUCCAGAAAAAGACAGCCGGUUUCGAAUCAAAGGGAAUCGGUAAGAACUAUGAGUGGGGAUCAUUCUUUUGUUUCAACGAUCACAACGCCGGAAUCUCUAGUGAAACAUUCUGGUCCUACGUAAUUCGUCACAAUGCCGACAUUGCACUCUCUUCUGUCGAAACCCUUGCAAAAUAUUUCAACGAUGAUAAAUUUGAUAAACAAUCACUUAAACCUUGUUCAAUAGUAUAUAAUUAA